AUGGUUGCCCAAGCUCAAGCUGUCUCUGUGUCUCUCCAGGACCUCAAGGAUGGCAACAUUCCUUUUGAAACACUCAAAGAAGCCUUUGGUCCUGAUUCUCUCGGGAUUCUCGUCGUAAAAGACGUUCCCAAAGAGUUUCCCGAACUAAGACACCAAGCUCUCUCUUACGCUUCAUAUCUCGGCAACCUCCCCAAGGAAGAACUUGAGAAGCUUGAGAACGCCAGAGCUAAGUAUCUGACUGGCUGGUCGCUCGGAAAAGAGACUCUCAAAAAUGGUCAAGUCGAUACCUUCAAGGGUUCAUACUACGCCAACUGUGCAUUCUACAUCGACCCGUCUCUCGAAUGCGCCAAACCCACUGAGGAGUUCUCCAUCGACACAUUCCCCGAAUAUCUCGCCCCCAAUGUAUGGCCACCAGAGAAUGUCCUUCCAGGUUUCAAGCCCUCUGUCACCUCGCUAUGCCGCCUCAUCAUUGACGUAGCUGUUCUUGUUGCGCGUGCCUGCGAUCGCUUUGCGCAAGAGGAUAUCCCAGGUUAUCCAGCCGGAUACCUAGAGCACGUUGUCAGCACUUCUAGCACCACCAAGGCCCGUCUGCUGCACUACUACCCUCAAGAAAAUGACCCUGCUGCCAAUGGCGGUGAUGAGGAUGAUUGGUGUGCUACGCAUUUGGACCAUGGAUGCUUGACUGGUCUUACAUCAGCCAUGUUUAUCGACGAGCACAAGACAAGCCCUGCUGUGCCAGAAGUUACAAACUUGAACGGUGCUUCUCUUCCACCUCUUGAUGAGCUUCCCUCAUCCCCUGAUCCUUCAGCUGGUCUGUACAUCAAGUCUCGUACAGGCGAGACAGUUCAGGUCAAGAUUCCUCGCGAUUGCAUUGCUUUCCAGACUGGUGAGGCUCUGGAGCGUAUUACUGCCGGUCGUUUCAAGGCUGUGCCUCACUUUGUCAGAGGCGUAAGAGCUAGUGUUAGUGACGGAAAGAUCGCGCGCAACACGUUGGCGGUGUUUACUCAGCCUAACUUGGGUGAAGAGGUGGAUAUCAAGCAGCACCUCACUUUCGGAGAGUUUGCUCGGGGUAUUGUUGAUAAGAAUACUGUUUCAUGA